CUCCACAGCUGAGUAAGAUUUUUUUCUUUUACACUUACAUUGAUAUAGACAGUAGUAAUAUGGGCGCGCCUGCAGCUAACGGACCAACAGCGUUUUCUGAUGAUGGAAGAGCUGUUAUUGAAAGACAACUCCAUACUCACAGUGAAAAGCAUGACGAUAUUUCUGAACUCUACGAACUCGAGCGUACAGUCGCUGCUAUAAAGGAUGGUGCUUACAAACGUAUCGCCUUACAGUUUCCCGACGAACUACUAGCAGACUCUGCUGCUGUCUCUGAGGAAUUAGCUAAACGAACUGGACAAAAUGUAUUUGUUCUAGCUGACACUUCUUACGGUAGUUGUUGUGUUGAUGAGGUAGCUGCUGAUCAUGUCAGUGCAGAUCUUAUUGUCCAUUAUGGUAGAUCUUGCUUGAGCCCUACUUCACGUAUCCCCGUUCUCUACGUUUUUAUGCAACAACGACUUGAUAUAGAUCAUUGUAAGGACGAAUUUGCAAAGCUCUUUCCCGAUAAGGAUCAAGCUGUCAUUGUUAUGUGUGACGUGGAGUAUUCAUACGCAGUAGAAGAUUUGACUGCUCAACUGUCAAAAGAAUAUAAGCAUAUUAUCCCAACUGUUAUUCAAACUGAAAACAAUUUACAAUGCACUCUACCAAGAAAUCGGACGGAAGGUGAUGAUGAAGAAGAGCAACAAAAAAAUGCUUCAGCUGACAAUGAUGAACCUGUGUAUACUUACGGUGCUGAGAUACAGAAUUUGGCACCCAUUGAAUUUGCUGAUAUUGAGCAUCUUAACUCACAAAAGAAAAAGGGAGGCCGUUAUUUUGUUUUACCAGAAAACGUCCCUAUUGAAGAUUGUUCUAUCUUUUUCAUUGGUAAAGAAAGCUUGACGUUGACAAAUAUAAUGAUGGUGCAUAAUCAGUGUCCUGUUUACACGUACAAUCCAAAGACAAAAGAAGCCAGAAAAGAAUCUGUCCAGGUGAAUAGGAUGCUCAUGAGAAGAUAUUUCUUAGUUCAGAAGGCGAAAGAUGCUAAUACGUUUGGUAUUGUUGUUGGUACCCUUGGUGUUGCCUCAUAUCUCAAUAUCAUUGAACACGUAAAGAAAGUGAUUAAAGCAGCAGGCCGCAAGUCAUACUUUUUUGUUAUGGGCAAACUGAAUAUAGAAAAGAUGGCCAAUUUUAUGGAAAUCGACUGUUUCGUUCUAGUAGCUUGUCCUGAAAAUAGUUUAGUUGACUCAAAGGAAUUUUAUCGCCCGAUUGUCACACCUUUCGAAUUGGAGCUUGCUCUGAUAAGCAGAGGCAAGGAAUGGACUGGCGAUUACGAAACGGAUUUCUCCAAGCUUCUUCCACAGUUACGAACAGAUGACUUUACCUAUGAUGAAGAACGUGAAUAUGAUGGAUCUAGCGAUGAAGAAGCCCAUUUCUCUAUGGUGACUGGUCAGUACAUAUCAAGGCCAUUAAGCUAUGCUUUGAGACAUAAAGAAACUGACUCUUCCGGAGAAGCCCUUACUAGUAAACUUACUGAUUUGACCCUGAGAAACAAGGAAACAAGUAUUUCUGUUUUAUUGAACAGUACAGCAGGUGAAUACUUGAAAAAUAGAACAUUUAGGGGUCUGGAGCCUCAUAUCGGCGAGGAUGAAGCAGCAGCGGUACAGGAAGGUCGCUCAGGCAUUGCCCGUGGUUAUGUUAAUGAGAAGAAGACUGAAGAAAAUCCAAAAUAAAUUGUAUAUAAGACUUCAACAUUAGUAGUCCCGUAUUAUAGUUACAUAAUUUAUUUGUCAAGUCGAAAUUAUCUUUGAUUUUUGAUGCUUUAUAUGUACAUAGUUCAUCAAUAAGUUUUAUGAUGGAAGAGCUUUGAGCUCAUGCUUUCUAUUUCUACAAAACAGAUAGUACCAUGAUCAUACAUCAUUGAUUUUAUGGAACAAUGAGUAAUAAAAGAUUUUACACAAUUUUUUUCAUUUUGGAGUAAAGAAACCAAUGUAUUUACUGUAAAAUUCGUCAACACUCUAUCGCUAUGCAAGGUCUACCGAUCAUUGUGCCUGCAGCACUUCCUUUUUUAUUCAUUCUCUCUGCUGAUUCAUUUAAAGAGUUAAAAAAAAAAGCUCAGAAUGCGUAUGAUCUGAGCCGUGUAAAAUUACGAUCCAUCUGCGCAGUCA